CACACAAACACGCACACAAGCCGAGUGAAACAUGCAUUCAACACAAAAGUCAAAGCAGCACUAGUCUUGAAUACAACAGUCGCAGAGCCGUUCAGACCAAAACCUGUUAAAGAGCUGGCCUGGUCCACCAUCGUCCCCUGAGUUUCAUCACAGGACAACACGCCCUGAGGUGAUAGGGCGUCCCACUGCUGCACCUGUGUCUCAGUGUCAGGAGACAGAGAGAGACAGAGACAGACUCACACAGGCACUGACAGCACCCGACAGGCUCCAGCUUCACACACGAUCUGAAUUCCGGCUCUGAUCCACCUCCUUGAACCUAUACACACACAUCUGUGUCACCGGCUUUCUCUGAUUCCCUCCCCAGUGAUUUUCAACACAAAGGCCCCCCCCACCGUCCCAUGAGAGUCGUCACAUCAUGAGAUCACGUGGCCUGUUCCUACUCAUUUACCUUCUGGGAAGCUGCUUUGGGCAAUCAAGCGCUAAUCGAAAUGAAUCGUGCACUUCAGGAGAACCCUGUGUUCCGGGCCGGGAUUCAACCUCACACGUCCUCCGCUGUGUGGGGCUGCCGUCGGACGACCAGGGCACGGGCUACGUGCGCAGACUGAAAGACGUGCUGGAGGCAGCGAUGGACCUGUACAGCUUCAUGAAGACGAGCGUGACAGGAGUGCCCGUCCUCAGCCUGCAGGGGGCGCUGGAACUGAAUCUCGAUGCGGACCCCAUGCAGAACGAAGCCCUGGUGCAGAUGUGGCUGGAGGUGAAGAUCAAGCCGCUGCUGAGAUCCAUCACCAAACAAUUCCUGACCUGCCUCAGCACCAAGAGCUUCAGCUGCUCCACCUACCAGACUGUGGUGAGGGAGCUCAGCCUCCAUUACUCUCACAUGGAACCAGUCAGACAGAAGUGGAUCUACAGCUUCUUCAUGUACCCCUUCCUGUCCGGAGACAGAGUCGCUGGUUGUGCGAGUCGGAACGAGAGCAGCGAGGACUGGCUGAUGAAGAAUUUCGGUGCUUUCAGAGGCAUGGCUCGGUUAAAUGAUCUUUCCACUCUCAACAUGGUCUUCAGCGGACUGGAGGUUCUUCAUCUGCUGUGCCCGGCGCAGAAGGCCGAGCUGCUGAUGAUGCCCGGGGUCCAAAGUUUGGACAACGGCACCUUAACGCUGAUCUUCCACAGUUUGCUGACAGGGGGCCCUCGUCCCCCUCACCCUUCUCCCUCUCACCCUCCUCCAACAAUGAGCCCUGGCCACAACUGGACGACCCCUAGCCACAACUGGACGACCCCUGGCCACAACGGGAUGAGCCUUGGCCAAUCCUGGACGAGUCCUAGUUUUACACCCAACUAUACUCCACAACCGACAUAUAACCCUGUGUCUCCACACCAAGGCGUCAGAGAGGUUGUGAACGGCUUCAUGACGGCUUUCAAACCCAUCGGGAGCUUCGUCCAUGAGUUUGUGUCCUUCACACGUGAGAGAAACGUGUCAGAGAUCAGAAGCACGACUCUGACCCAGUUCCUGCUCAACUGGACCCUGGCGGAGCUGGCAGACAUGUACCGGCCGCACAACGCCUCCGUCAGCCCAGAGCUGCCAGAGUUCGAUGUGACGGACGUGGAGGACUGGUACAAGCAGGUGGUGAUGCCCGUGUUAAGGAGGUUUUUGCCAAACUCUGGGGACAUGAUGCAUCAGAACAUCAAACUCGGCUUCCACCAAUUGUUCUAUCUGGACCAUCAGGAUGACAAUGAAACCUCUGAGAUCCAGGAUGUUUGCAGCAUCACCCUUGAUAAGAGCCCUUGUGGGCUGACGAACGCAGUGCAGCACGUGGCCCGUGUGUUACACUGCGUCGCUCGUUCCAACCUGACGAUGACGGAGGAGACGAUCAUGGAUCUGAUCAUCGAGCUCACCAAACGUCUGAACUCACUCAUGAAGGAGUUAUCCACAACCGACUUCAACCAGUUGGGCUCGGACAUUAGCAAGAUCUUCUCUGAGGAGGAAUCUCCGUCUAUGACCCAGCAACACCUGCAGGACCCGGAGUUCAUCAAGCUCUGGUUCAAGGUCAAGCUGAUGCCCCUCCUGCCGGCCGUGCCCCCCCCACUCCUCGCCUGCCUCAGCACCAAGAACUUCUCCUGCCCCGUCUUCCAAACCAUUGUCGCAGAACUCAGCAAUUACAUGAGUGUCCUGGAGGCUGAUCCAAUGUACAGUCACACAAUCUAUCACAACUUCAUCUACCCCUCGCUGCUGAAUAAACAGACCUCUGAUCCAAGCUGCCUCACAGCCAAUAGCAGCGCAGAGUGGCUGAAGAAGACCUUUGGCUUCUUCUCCAGAUUCGCCUACAUCACUGACUUCUACAAGCUGAACCCAAACUUCACUGGACUGGAGGUUCUUCACCUCCUCACGCCAAAACAAAUAACAGAGAUGCUGCUGGUGCCGCUCAGGACUCCUCCGAGCCAAGAUGUCGUCAUCGACCGGGUGUUUGACUUCCUGAUGGGGUCUCCUGAACAGUUUGCAGGGGUCUUAGAACACCUGCCUCAGCUCGCCAUGAUGGUCAAUACCUCCUGUGAUGUCUUCAAACAAAUUUUUGUGCGACUGUACGAGGCCGUUCCGUCUCUUCCUCCGGACAUCGAGCCGGUCCUCUGGGCUGGAAUAGACCAACUGAUUAGAGUUGCUCCAGAGGAAUGUGUUCCAGCCAACAUCACGUGCCCAGUUACUCACUUCAAUGCCUCACACUGCAGCCGAGUCAACAGCUCGGACCUGGAGUUUCACUUGAGCACUUCCACCUCUGUGUACGUCUCCUGUAAUUUUACCCUGGAGAAAUAUGCAUGUGCAAAGCUGGAGGACUUCACAGCCAAUCAGCUGGCGUCUCUGCUGAAGUGUGACCUGCCUGGAAACAGCAGCCACUCCAAAACGCUGUGGAAGAUGCUGCUCACGAAACUCUCCAACAUCCUGGACCCGGCUCUGGACCUGCUGGCCAACGCCUCGAUGACCAUGUUGGGUCCGUCAGCGUUGGAGGUGUUGGACGUGAUCGGAGAGAUCCGAGUGUCGCUGCUGACUGACGAGCAGCUGAGGAACAGCAGUGAGAUCAGGAAGUGGUUCUCCGGACGCCUGAGCGCCUUCCUGCCGUCUGCGUCUGUGAGGUUCCUCCGCUGCCUGGGCCACAGGAACCUCAGCUGUCAGUCCUACCAGCAGAUACUGCAGGUGUUUAUCCACCAUUUUGAUCACAUGACCCUAAAACAGCAGCACGUGGUCUUGAAGAACUUCAUCCUCCCUCUCCUGUCACAACCACACUCAGGUCCAGGUUGUGUGAACGGCUCCGGAAACAGCACAGAGUGGCUCAAGAAGAAUCUCGGCCCAUUUUCUGCGUUCUUGUCUAUUACGGAGCUUCUGGAUCUCAACCCACGCUUCAACGCUAUUGAGGCCCUGCGCCUCCUGACUCCAAAGCAGAGCGCGGAGCUGCUGGUGUCGACUCGUCCUUCACUCCGGGACAAAGAGCUCAUCAUCAAUCAGCUGUUUGAUUUCCUGACGGAGGCUCCCGAGCAAAACAAAAUUCCAGAGUUCUUGUUCUUCCUCAACGUGUUCCUCCAAAAGGGAAAUCUGUCCUGCUCAUCGUUCAUUACACUGUUCACCAGAGUGGACAUGGCCCUGACUGAAGUUUCUCCUGAUGUAGCUUCAAACAUCACCUACAGCAAGGUGGUCUUGUCCAAGCACCUUCCACCAGAUUGCAUCAUAUACAGUGGAAAUUGCAGCGUCACUAUAACAAAUGAAACCGACAUUUGUAGAGGAGUGAACAGCACCGGGCUGCAGCUGCUUCUCUCCAGCGGAAACUUGGACGGACGUCUGUGUGACUUCGCCGUCGAGGAAUUUGCUUGUGCCUCGCUGUCAGCGCUGACCGCAGAACAUCUGGCUGCUCUGCUGAUGUGCAGCCGCUCGUCAAACUCCAGCGGAUCCCGACCCGUCUGGAAGCUGCUCCUCUCCAAAGCUUCCCACGUGCUCGAUGGAGCUCUGGAUCUUCUCGCCAACAAGACUCUGGACCCCAGAAAUCCUGCGUUGUCCCUGGUUCUGGAUUCAAUACGAGAGAUCCGAUUGAACGUCUUAGACAUGAUCAGCAUCAACCACCCGGCCCUCGUCCAGCUGUGGUUCGCCCGCCGACUCCGCCCGCUCCUGUCGGCGGUGUCCCCGGACUUCCUGUCAUGUGUCGUGACGAAGGGACUGAACUGCACCACCUACCAACGCAUUCUGCAGAUUCUGAGUCAGCUCCGGCCCAACAUGACUUUAGCCAGGCAGAGGUCUGUCUACGUAAACUUCAUCAAGGUCUUCCUCACCAGGAACGACACUGAAGACCCGAGCUGCAGCCUCAACACCAACAGCUCUGGAGAAUGGCUGCAGAAGAACCUGGCAGGUUUCUCCGACCUCCUCUCGUUCCCCGAUCUUCAGAUGCUCUACGCCAACUUCUCAGCGUUGGAAGCGUUGCCUCAGCUGACGGUUCUACAGCUGGCACAGAUGUCCUCCACCCCUGGUCAGAUCCGAUCUGCUGCCCAGGUCAACAUGGUGAUGGAACACGUCCCCAGCCGACAGCUCGCUGCUUUCUUUGACACGUUCUCACCUGCUGCCAUGGCCCACGUGAACAUGAUCCCCUCUCCGGUGAGGUCGGCCAUGUUGCAGGUUGUGUUUGAUCGAGCCGACCUCUCCAGCGACUCGGUGAGUGACUCGGCUGUGAUGCCGUGGCUCCUCCUCCGCCUGCCGCCGCUGCUGGUGGGUCUGUUACCGCGACACGUUGAAUCGUACUUCACGAUAAUGAACAGAAGGAACUGCAGCAUCGAGGAGCUGGGAGUCAUGGAACUGAAUUCAACGAUCUCGUCUCUCAGCAAUGAGACGAAGGGCGAAAUCCACAGCAGCAUCAUUCAGAUGCUCAGAGGACCAACACCUCUCCGAUGCUACGGCGACAACUACAACCACAGCUACUACAUCUUCCUGGAGAGCAGGUUCAUGGGAUUCCAGUUCCCCAACCUGACCACCUUCCUGUCGCUCAUGCCUCACGACAAAAUGCCACAGUUGCUGAACUCCAUGCCUCCGUCACAUCUUGGUGAUUUCCUCCGUCGCCCUGACAUCGUCGACAGUGAUGCGCAGCUCUGUGUCCUCUUCAACAGCUACACCCAGACACUAGAGUUCCUGGAGAAGGAGUCUCUCCCUGUGGAGGUGAGGCGACCCACGCUGCCUUGCGUCUGGCCGAUGGCUCUCAGCAGCUCCAAGAGGUCAGAGGUCAACGCCUGGUUUGACCGAAGCCUCAACAACUACUAUGAAUUCCUCACAAAGACUCUGAUCAGCCCCGACACCACAGACAACGCCACCUGUCUGGCCUUCCAAAAAGUCAUCUCAGUUCUUGGCGACUACAACUACACAGCUGUGGACUUUGUGAGGGGAGACGUGUUCACCAGCAUCAGGUCCUACCUCCACUCAGCGACGGUGCCCAGGUGUUAUAACUCCAGCGACCCGGAGCUGAACUCCACAGCCUGGUUCGCUGACUACAUCGGCUCCUUCGCUCCUUCCCUCACUCUGACCGAUCUCCAGGCGUUCGGAUCACAGCAGGUCCUCCAGGUGUUCACCGUGAACCUGGAGAACAUCGCCCUCUUCAACCACUCGGUGUUUCAGCUCAACUUCACCAGCUACUACGUGGAGCUUGUGUAUCUGCAGGAGAGCAACUUCAACCCCAUACUUUUGCCUCCGGUGUUUCGCUGUGCCGCUCCUGGGGCCGCGUUCACUCAGCUGUCUGAGGAGCUGAGUGUCAUAGUGCUGAGGAACCUGACCGACAUCUGCACAGACCUGGAUCCACAGAUCUCUUCAGCGUUGGCGGGUAACUUCGGUGAUAACCUCGACGCCACGAAUAUCGCUUCCCUCGGGAACGAGGCCAGCAGCCUGUCCAUGGACCAGAUCAACUCAAUCCGUGUGGAGGUCCUGCUGGCGUCGCUGAGCGUCCUCAGCACCGUGCUGGGCUGGAACGAGGGUCAGGCCAGGGCCAUCAUCCAGGCCAUUAUGUUGUCAGGCCAAAUGCAGAUCAACAGCUCCUCGACGUUGAUCAUGCUGGGCUCUCUGGUUAUGGGUUGUCCCACCACAGCGUUCACCAGCAUCAACGCCUCCGAGCUCAUUAUUUCGGGUCAAAAUUCUGCUUUCCUGGUGAACCUGAUGACCGCCCCGCAGAUCGUCCAGCAGGUCUUCGUCACUCAGAUCGUGUCAGUGAACAGCAACAGCGAGGCGAUCAUAGAGAAUGUUCCGGAUGCAAUGGCCACUGAGAUCCCUCCAGUGCAGCUGCUGGGCCUCUCCGGCAAAGACAGCGUUAUCAAAAAGCUCAACAAGAAGAAAUGGAAGAAGCAGCAGGUGGAGUUAUUCUUCAGUGUCAUAGCUGUGGAAACUUCAACUGCGAUGCUGGGAGGUGCAAACAACUUGUCCUCCUCUGUGCUACAAGGGUUCACCUGCACCGGAGUGAGGAGCGUUAGAACGGUGCAGAUCAAGAAGCUGAUUAAAGCGUGUCGGAGAAAAGGCAAGAGGAAGGUCAAACUGGUGGAGACUCAGCUGACGUGCAUGUACAACUACAUUAAAGGCGACUCGGACGCCACCAGCUUCGCCCUCUAUCCCCCGGACGUGCUUCUGUACUACGAUUACUCUCUGGUGCCACAGGCCAGCUGCAGGUCGUAUUUUGAGGAGCUGGCGGACGCAGACUUCACCGUCUUCUCCUCCGACCUCAGCUACAAACGCACGGCUCUGUUCGACAACGCCAGGAGCUGCCUGGGUAUAACAACAACAAGUUUGACGAAGGAUAACAUAAAAGUGUUGGGAAACAUGUGCUGCAGUGUGGAUGGAUCCUACAUCGUGAACUCGGACCCGUCCAUUUUGGAAAUACUCAAGACCUGCCCGGACCUCACCGACGCUCAGGCCUCUGCAGCUCAGUCCCUGUUGCUGAGCGGGAAAACCCCGUACGGAGAGACGUCUACAUGGGAUCUACAAACUCUGCAGGACCUCGGCAUGAUACCGCUGUAUAUGACCUCAACUUUCUACGAUCAAUUUGACAAGAAAACGAAGCGCAACUUCUUGAAGUACUUCCGGAAAAUCCUGAAGAGUAACGGAGUGAGCAGAGGGAAGAGGAGGACGAUGAAGAAACAGAUCAGAAAGUCCAUCAAAAAGAAGACAAAGCGAUCCAUAGAAUCGGAAUGCACUUCGGGAACGAUCACUCAUGUGACCAUUAGCAGAGAGACAUUCCCCUUCGAUUAUGACGACGUGACCCAGUUCAACUGCUGCCUCAGUGCGGCGACUGUUAAAGGAAACCUGGAAGCCCUCACUGAGAAGGUGGACGAUGAGGAGUUCCUCGCCAUCGUUCUCCUCAGGCUGCAUGAGGCGUACGGUGACAACGCCACCAUCCCUGAGGAUCAGGUUCAGAUGUUGGGUCCAGCGUCUCGUGUGGCCACCGUCAGCCACAUAAGCAGGUGGAGCAUCACUGAGGUCGACACGCUGUAUGCUCUGAUGGACUCGUCUGAUGGGGUCUGGAACACGAGCCUGGCCAAGGCCGUCAUCUCCAACUACCUGAGCAACGCAGGGAACGCCCUCGGCAGCGCGGAGCUCAACACCAUCGGAGGAGCCAACCUGUGCGCACUGGACGUCGACGUUUUGAAGAACAUCUCCCCGCAAAGCCUAAAAGAAGCCAACGCCCUCGAUGUGUCCACCUGCUCCACAGAGAAGAAGGAGGAACUGUUCACCAUCGCCUUACAAGCGUUCACAACAACCACCCGCUCAACCGCCGUCCCUCUAACCACCUACCAGCUAAUUUCUGCUUAUCUUGGGGGCACUACGCGUGCGUAUAUCCAAACAUUGGUGACCUCCAAUGUCAGCAUGGACGUGCCCACCUUCACCACUCUGAAUGAGAGCAUCGUAACGAGUCUGACCGUUAGUGACGUUCAAGGUCUUCUUGGCAGCAACGUGGCAGAUCUGAAGUCCUAUGAGAACCAAACCGUGGUUCAGGCCUGGACCAGUAGUCGGCUCCAAUCAGACCUUGAUACCUUGUCACUGGGACUUACGGGUGGGAGGGCUACCACCGACACCACGACCACCAACCCUACCACAGCCACCACCGUCUCAAGCAGCGCGUCAACCUCAUCAUCACCAACGUCCUCAGUAGCUACAACCUCAUCAUCACCAACGUCCUCAGUAGCUACAACCUCAUCAUCACCAACGUCCUCAGUAGCAACAACCUCAUCUUCACCAACGUCCUCAGUAGCUACAACCUCAUCAUCACCAACGUCCUCAGUAGCUACAACCUCCUCUUCACCAACGUCCUCAGUAGCUACAACCUCCUCUUCACCAACGUCCUCAGUAGCUACAACCUCCUCUUCACCAACGUCCUCAGUAGCUACAGCCUCCUCUUCACCAACAUCCUCAGUCGCAACAACCUCCUCUUCACCAACAUCGUCAGUAGCUACAACCUCAUCAUCAGCAACAUCCUCAGUAGCUACAACCUCCUCUUCACCAACAUCCUCAGUAGCUACAACACCAUCUUCACCAACAUCCUCAGUAGCUACAACCUCAUCUUCACCAACAUCCUCAGUAGCUACAACCUCAUCAUCACCAACAUCCUCAGUAGCUACAACCUCAUCAUCAGCAACAUCCUCAGCAGCAACAUCAGCAACAUCCUCAUCCUCAGACACAUCCUCAUCAUCUCCAACAUCAUCAUCUUCAUCCACCACUGUGCCAGGAACCACCAGCACCACUACGACUUCUGCUACCACCACAGCCCACGGCUCCCGCCUCCGAGCAGACGCUGGCUUCUCCCUCUUCUUCCUCCUGGUGCUCUUCAUCGCUUCUCAGCACCUUGUGGUGUGAGGAGCCUCCACUGACGCGGCUGGUUAUAUGAAAUUCACAGACUAGACUGGUUAAGUGAAAAAUAUGAUGAAACAAUGUUUUUAUUUCUCUCUAAUAUAAAUGAAUGAUGAGCCAGCUGAGGUCAUAGAAUGUCUGCAUAUUACGUUACAUUGCUUAAAACACAGUAAAUGUAAAUAAUAUAUUCUAUUCUCAGUAGGAAGAUUAUUUGCUCUCAACCCUUUUAUAUGACGGUACCAGAUCAUUACAUUUACACAUUUUUUACUCUUUUUACCUUUUUCCCCUGAAACUAAAUUUGUUUUAAUUAUUGAAAUGAAGGUUAAACUAUAUAAAAAAAUGAAGGUGAAAGUUUCUGCUGCAUUUCUUCUUCUGUAAUCCUCACUGUUGUGUAUCAAUUUCGAGACGGCACUCUCUUUCCUGUGAGUUUUAUGAGAUUAAUAAUAAAAGACUUAUUAUUUAUCGAUGACUUCAAAAACA